GGUGCCAGGGCCGGAACGUUUGUGCUAGGGUUACGCGGAGCGGUCGGAACGCUUUGGUGGACGUCCUCGAGCCCGUUCCUUUCCCCAUCCCUUCUCCCCAACCUGCCGCCGCGAGCCCAACUGCCGCGGCCCGUGCGCGCCGGGAGCGAGGCCACGUGAGGAAGCGGAGGAGGCGGCGCGCGGUGCAGGUUGUAAGGCUCCUUCCCUCUGGCACCACCAUGUAUGCCGUGUACAAGCAAGCUCACCCCCCUACGGGGCUGGAGUUUUCCAUGUAUUGCAAUUUCUUUAGUAAUGCAGAACGCAACCUUGUGGUGGCGGGGACCUCCCAACUGUAUGUGUACCGGCUCAACCAUGAUGCGGAGACUUCAACCAAGAGUGAUAGGAAUGCAGAAGGGAAGUUACACAAGGAACACAAAGAAAAGCUUGAACUGGUGGCCUCCUUCUCCUUUUUUGGAAAUGUCAUGUCUAUGGCCAGUGUGCAGCUUGCUGGAGCCAAAAGAGAUGCCCUACUUCUCAGUUUCAAAGAUGCCAAGCUGUCAGUGGUAGAGUAUGACCCUGGGACUCAUGACCUGAAGACCCUCUCACUACAUUACUUUGAGGAGCCUGAGCUGAGGGAUGGCUUUGUCCAGAAUGUGCACACGCCUCGGGUGCGAGUGGACCCUGAUGGGCGUUGUGCGGUCAUGCUGAUCUAUGGAACACGACUUGUAGUGCUGCCUUUCCGAAGAGAGAGCCUGGCAGAGGAACAUGAGGGGCUAGUAGGGGAAGGGCAGAAGUCAAGCUUCCUGCCAAGCUAUAUUAUUGAUGUUCGGGCCUUGGAUGAGAAGCUCCUGAACAUCAUUGAUCUGCAGUUCCUUCAUGGGUACUAUGAGCCCACUCUCCUCAUCUUGUUUGAGCCCAAUCAGACGUGGCCAGGGCGUGUGGCUGUACGACAGGAUACAUGCUCCAUUGUUGCCAUUUCUCUGAACAUUCUGCAGAAGGUUCACCCAGUUAUCUGGUCCCUCACCAACCUGCCUUUUGACUGUACCCAAGCACUAGCAGUACCCAAACCAAUAGGUGGAGUAGUAAUCUUUGCUGUCAACUCCCUCCUUUACCUGAACCAGAGUGUCCCACCCUAUGGUGUUUCCCUCAACAGCCUCACUGCUGGCACCACAGCCUUCCCUCUACGCAUGCAGGAUGGAGUGAAGAUCACUCUGGAUUGUGCACAGGCUGCCUUUAUAUCCUAUGACAAGAUGGUCAUCUCCUUAAAAGGGGGCGAGAUCUAUGUACUGACCCUCAUCACAGAUGGGAUGCGUAGUGUCCGAUCCUUUCACUUCGACAAAGCAGCUGCUAGUGUUCUUACCACCUGUAUGAUCACCAUGGAACCAGGUUACCUUUUUUUGGGCUCUCGUCUUGGGAAUUCACUUCUACUCAAAUAUACAGAGAAACUACAGGAACCACCAGCCAGUGCUGCCCGAGAAGCCCCAUCACGGGAGGUUUCUGACAAGGAUGAGCCGCCUGUCAAAAAGAAGCGAGUGGAGUCCACGCUGGGCUGGGCAGGUGGGAAAUCAGCUCCCCAGGAUGAGGUGGAUGAGAUUGAGGUGUAUGGCAGUGAAGCCCAGUCUGGUACCCAACUGGCCACUUACUCCUUUGAGGUAUGUGACAGCAUCCUGAAUAUUGGACCCUGUGCUAAUGCUGCCAUGGGAGAACCAGCUUUCCUGUCCGAGGAGUUUCAGAACAGCCCAGAGCCAGACCUGGAAAUUGUGGUUUGCUCAGGUUAUGGCAAGAAUGGAGCACUGUCUGUGCUUCAGAAGAGCAUUCGGCCCCAGGUGGUGACAACCUUUGAGCUGCCUGGCUGUUAUGACAUGUGGACAGUCAUUGCACCCUUACGCAAGGAAGAGGAUGAGACUACCAAGGGGGAGGGGACAGAACAGGAGACCAGCUCCCCAGAAACAGAAGACGAUGGGAAGAGACAUGGCUUUCUUAUUCUCAGCCGGGAGGAUUCUACCAUGAUCCUACAGACAGGUCAAGAGAUCAUGGAGCUGGACACAAGUGGCUUUGCCACACAGGGUCCCACUGUCUAUGCUGGUAACAUUGGUGACAAUCGCUAUAUUGUCCAGGUAUCACCCCUCGGUAUUCGUCUGCUAGAGGGAGUGAACCAGUUGCACUUCAUUCCUGUGGACCUGGGCUCUCCCAUUGUGCAGUGUGCUGUCGCUGAUCCUUAUGUGGUCAUUAUGAGUGCUGAGGGUCAUGUGACUAUGUUCCUUCUGAAAAGUGACUCCUAUGGGGGAAGGAACCAUCGCCUGGCUCUUCACAAGCCCCCUUUGCAUCAUCAAUCAAAGGUGAUUGCACUCUGUGUGUACCGGGAUGUCAGUGGGAUGUUCACCACUGAGAGCAGAGCGUCUGGAGCUCGGGAUGAACUGGGAGGUCGAGGGGGACUGGAGGCUGAAGGCCUGGGACCUGAGAUCAGCCCCACUGUGGAUGAUGAAGAAGAGAUGUUAUAUGGAGACUCCAGUUCCCUGUUCAGUCCCAGCAAAGAAGAGGCUCGAAGGAGCAGUCUCCCACCUGCUGACCGAGACCCUCCCCCAUACAGAGCAGAGCCCACCCACUGGUGUGUGCUAGUACGAGAGAGUGGGGCCAUGGAAAUCUAUCAGCUCCCAGAUUGGCGCCUGGUGUUUCUAGUGAAGAAUUUCCCCGUUGGGCAGCGAGUACUAGUAGACAGCUCCUUUGGACAGCCAGCCACCCAAGGUGACACCAAGAAGGAAGAGGUGACUAGGCAAGGGGAACUUCCUCUUGUUAAGGAGGUGUUACUGGUUGCCCUGGGUAACCGUCAGACCCGCCCCUACCUGCUGGUUCAUGUAGACCAGGAACUGUUGAUCUAUGAGGCCUUUGCCCAUGACUCCCAGCUCGGCCAGAGCAACCUCAAAGUGCGAUUCAAAAAGGUCCCCCACAACAUCAAUUUCAGGGAGAAGAAGCCAAAGCCAUCAAAGAAGAAGCCAGAAGGGGGUGGGACUGAAGAGGGUGCUGGUGCUCGGGGCCGUGUGGCCCGGUUCCGUUAUUUUGAAGAUAUUUAUGGCUAUUCAGGGGUGUUCAUCUGUGGUCCCUCCCCACAUUGGUUGCUUGUGACGGGUCGGGGAGCCCUUCGAUUGCAUCCCAUGGGUAUUGAUGGCCCCAUCGACUCCUUUGCCCCUUUCCACAAUGUUAAUUGUCCAAGAGGAUUUCUGUACUUCAACAGACAGGGGGAACUUCGGAUUAGUGUGCUCCCAGCCUAUUUGUCUUAUGAUGCUCCCUGGCCAGUAAGAAAGAUCCCAUUGCGAUGCACAGCUCACUAUGUUGCCUAUCACGUGGAAUCCAAGGUUUAUGCUGUGGCCACCAGCACCAAUGCCCUAUGCACCCGCAUCCCUCGAAUGACAGGUGAAGAGAAGGAAUUUGAGACAAUAGAGAGAGAUGAACGAUACAUCCACCCCUUGCAGGAGGCCUUCUCUAUCCAGCUUAUCUCUCCAGUCAGUUGGGAGGCCAUCCCCAAUGCUAGGAUUGAGCUGGAGGAAUGGGAGCAUGUGACCUGCAUGAAGACAGUAUCCCUUCGCAGUGAGGAGACUGUGUCUGGCCUCAAGGGCUAUGUGGCUGCUGGAACCUGCCUCAUGCAGGGGGAGGAGGUCACAUGCCGAGGCAGGAUUCUGAUUAUGGAUGUGAUCGAGGUAGUUCCAGAGCCAGGACAGCCACUGACAAAGAAUAAGUUCAAAGUGCUGUAUGAGAAAGAGCAAAAGGGGCCGGUAACAGCUCUCUGUCACUGCAAUGGCCACCUGGUAUCAGCCAUUGGCCAAAAGAUCUUCUUAUGGAGUCUUAGGGCCAGUGAGCUGACGGGCAUGGCUUUCAUCGACACACAGCUCUACAUUCACCAGAUGAUCAGUGUGAAGAAUUUCAUCUUGGCAGCUGAUGUCAUGAAGAGCAUUUCUCUGCUUCGUUACCAGGAGGAAAGCAAAACCCUGAGCCUGGUGUCCCGGGAUGCCAAGCCCCUGGAGGUGUACAGUGUGGACUUCAUGGUAGACAGUGCUCAACUUGGCUUUCUGGUGUCGGACCGGGACCGCAACCUCAUGGUGUACAUGUAUCUGCCUGAAGCCAAGGAAAGUUUUGGAGGGAUGCGGCUGCUGCGACGGGCAGAUUUCCAUGUGGGUGCCCAUGUGAAUACAUUCUGGAGGACACCAUGCAGGGGGGCGGCAGAAGGGCCUAGCAAGAAAUCCAUUGUCUGGGAGAACAAGCACAUCACAUGGUUUGCCACAUUAGAUGGUGGCAUUGGGCUCCUAUUGCCCAUGCAGGAGAAGACAUAUCGGCGGCUACUGAUGUUACAAAAUGCCCUGACCACCAUGCUGCCCCACCAUGCUGGCCUCAACCCCCGUGCCUUUCGGAUGCUGCAUGUUGACCGUCGCAUCCUACAAAAUGCUGUACGCAAUGUCCUUGAUGGAGAACUCCUUAAUCGUUAUCUCUACCUUAGCACCAUGGAACGUGGAGAGCUUGCCAAGAAGAUUGGAACCACGCCUGACAUUAUUCUGGAUGACCUAUUGGAGAUUGACCGUGUUACAGCUCAUUUCUAGUUGCCCCUGUCCCAAAUACACACUUUUGGAUAAAACAAGGUUUUGUUUUAAGGAAACUAAAAGGGUGUGGAGAUGAGUAUUAGAGUUUUACUUAUUUUCUGUGAAGAAGCUGCCAUGGGAUGAAGAGGGGCCUUCCUAUCACUGAAGACUCUGCUCCUAGCACCCCAUAACCAAGGAAGCUGCAGUUGGAGGCAUCCACUCCUUUAUUCUGUGUCCCAAGGGGCCUCCUCGGCCUUAGUCUGAGCAAGCAAGACAACUUGUCUGUCAUCUCUGUAUUCUUGGCCAUUUGACUCCUGUGGGUCUUGCUGCCCUGGUGGCUGAUGCCUGCUCCUCCUCUCUUUGUUGAAGGAGGUGAAUUUGUGCAGCUGAGGGUGGGUAUGACAGGGCCACCCAGACCUAGGGCUCCAUUUCCUUGAGUAUUUCCUCAGGCUCAGGCAUGACACCCAGGUAAACCAGGAAUUUGAUGAUCAUGGAGGUUAGGUGCAUGGAUAACAUCUCCAACCUGGAGCCAAGAGAGAGAGUUAAAGGACUAGCCCCACCAUCAUUCCCCUCCCUCCCUUUCUCAGAAGGGUUGUUGCUUCCUGCCUCACCUGAGGACCAUUUCAAACUUGAAGCUCUCCCAUGUGACCUUGACCCAAUUCAGAAGUCGUCGGUAGAAGGUACCUUGAGUCUGCUCUCCCACCAGCCGGCUCCAGCUCCUUACAGCACUUCUCCGCAAUCCCCCCAAAAUCCCAUAGCAUUAGCAUUUUCUCUCCUUUGUAUACAUUCUUUGCUACCCCAACCUUUUCUAGACUCUGAACUUUCCCUUCCCUGGGAAGUGCCAAGAUAGCCAAGCAACCCAUCAUCCCCGUCUCAGGUGGGUGGUAGACUUAGAGUAUGGGCCAGCCCCGUCCCUUCUUUGGCCUUCUAAGUUCCAAGGGCACACAGACCUCUUAGCCAUGAGGAAGUACCGGUCCACGGGGGCCUUCAGGGUCAUGGUGAUGGAGCGGACGGUGUUGAUGUUGCGCAGGACAAGCAGCAUGGAGCGGGGCAAGGCCUUCAGCACCUCCAUGAUUCGGGCAAAGUGUUCUUUGGCCAUUUCCUGCAUGUAGGCUGUCUCCGCAUGGCUCAGCAUGCCAGAAUUCCACAGCUGCUUCAUGUGAAUUGGUCGUUGCAUUAGCAUCUCACUGAACAGGAAAUAGUCUUGGGGUUGGGGAAGAAGAGGGUAUGUUAGAUACUGGGGAUGGAGACAGCUGUCUUUAAGGCAGAAGUGUCAAACUCAAAGCCCAGUGUGAACCAGAUUACAAUGUAAUUGGGAAAUGUACAAAAUAGAAACAGUACAACAUAGAAAACCAGAAAUAAACCACAUUAUCUAAGUCAAUAUGGCAUUUCUAUUUGAGUUUUACAUCUGCCUUAAAGACUGUUGGAGAUGAGCCUAGUUCUGGUGUGCAGAGUAAAGAUACAGAACAAUUAGAAAGUCUGCUAAGGUAGAUUCUAAGUGAAGACACCACCUUAUAAUUAUUCUUGUUCAAAAGUGGAGUGUCAGCUAUCCCAGGUAAUUUUUUUUUUUUUUUACAAUGUAUAAAAAAAAACUGGUGAGGUUAAUCCUGCAAGGUAAGGCUAAUUGUGAAGUGUUACUGUGUGUUCAGCUACUGCAACAAAAGAGAUGAAUUUCCAAAGUGCUUAGGUGUUCCUGAGAAACAAAAGAAACCUAGGACAGGGCUUUUUCCUUCCUCUGACUUUAGCCAACAUCUACUUCCCUAUAUGUUAAAUGAGGGGACUGCUAAGUUCAGCCAAGCAAGGGAGGGAGGACCAGGAGGAGAGCUUCCUUGUAACAUAAGGAGGUCUCAAGUUUAAAAGGUGAGUUAAGGACAGUACCCCCCUCAACACUGAUCAGAGAUCCACAGUGAAGAGUGAAGUUAAACAUAGAAAGCAACUGUCUAAAGCACAGAGGUGUCAAACAUGGCCCCAUCACAAAGUGUGUUUGGAACCAAAUUAAACAUUGAUGUGGCAUUAGGUCUAAACAUUCCAGAUAUCUGGAAAACUUUUAACUGUGCAUUCCACUUUCAUAUCAAUAUUUAACUGCUUUAGUGCAGAGUUAUAAUUCUAUUAAAGAAUCAUUUGUGUUG